AUGUUGCCAAGAACUCUAUUUCCUCUUCUCGCCGCGUCAACUGUUGCCGAAGUGCAUUACCUCUUUUCUGGUUUCUUUUCUGGCUCUACAAUUGCCGGUAUUGAGUUUGAUGAUGAGGCCUUGUCCUUAAACUUGGUGAAGAACAUAUCAGCCGUAUCUGAUGAUGGGUCGAAGUGGAUAGCACUUGAUGCUCACAAACAAAACCUAUAUGUUGGCACCACUGGUUACUUGCAGAGCUACAAGAUCGCCAAGGAUCUGGGAUUGACUUAUAAGAGCAACGUCAGCUUGUCCUCGGACUGUAACAACGCAAACUUCAUCACCGCAUCGUCCAAGUCUCUUUUCACCGUAUUCGGAACACCCUACGGAGGCGGCUGUCCAACAGUCGCCAUAUCUGUUGACAAGACCGGCACUCUCCAGAAGAGCUUCGCAAAUGCGACUUACAACUCCAAAGGCGGCGUUCACGGAACUUCACUGAGCCCCAAGAAUGACUUUCUGUACUCUGCCGAUGACAUGGGGAAUGCAGUCUGGGUCCACUCUUAUGACCGCGAAAAUGGCAAGGUAGAAGAGGUGCAGUAUCUUGCUGCCGAAGAGGGAUCAAACCCGAGACAUUUGACUGAUCACCCCAAUGGAAAAUGGGUAUAUGUUGUUUAUGAAGAGGCGAAUUCCAUUGCGGCAUAUAAGCGGGACACGAAGACUGGAAAACUCGAGUUUCGCAACGAGACAUUCACCAACUCUUCUUCUUACUGGGCUGACGAAGUCCUGCUCUUCACUUCUGCCGAAGGGUCAUCCCCCAAAUACCUGCUCGCCGCCACGAGGUCUCGCAAGACUGGGGUUCCCGGAUAUGUCUCUGCGUUCAGUCUGGAUGCUAAGACUGGAGGUAUCAAAGAGCAGAUGUUUCUGCAAGAGACCACCAACAGCGGAGGAUCUGCCAAUGCCGUUUCGCCAGCUUCUUUCAGUGAGGAUUUCUUUGCUAUUACUGAUAGUGGUUCAAACUUCAUCGAAAUUUGGAAGAUCAAAGACAAGAGUGCGUCGGCAGUUGCCCACCUAGAUCUUGAGAAUGGGCCGGCCAAUGUUACACCAAUUGGCGAAGUGCGCAGCAGGGUUUCCGAGGCAAUUGACUCGGGCUUCGGUACCACUUUCGAUGCCCACAUUAUGGCAGGGUAUCGUUUCCUAAUGCGAUACUAUCCGCGGCGCAUUUACCGCCAAAUACCUGUCACGCAUGGUAAUGAGGUCGGACUUCUUUGCAAGGGUAACGAGGAAACGGUUCCUUUCGCAUACCGACUCUACCAACGCUCGCUUCAGUGCAAGAGUGACGAUCGCACUAAAGCCAUGGGAUAUUGCGCCCGCAACAGUCCCUCUGAUACAGUGGUUAGUCCCUCUGAUACGAAAGCCCCCGAGUCUCAGACUACUGGAUCCAGACGGUCCGAAACAGCUCCGCUCAAUGGAGACGGUGGAUCUUCGUGUUCAUCAACUGACCAUGAAGAAGACAGUGAUGGGCCAGUUGAGGAUAUCUAUCUGGCUGGUAACCCCGUCAUUACACCAAGUGCCAAAGGAAUUGCAGCCGAAAAGGAGGUUCAGGCUUUCAGUGACACCUUCUGUCGAGACGAAGGCGGCGGGAACAUCAAAGUCUUCUUCCUUGGUCUCUGGGAUUGCGUCAACUCUGUGGCCAUGGUUGAACGAAGUGCGCCUGCCCCAGUAGAAAUAACAGGAACGGCGCACCAUGUCCGUCACGCUGUGGCUGUCGACGAGCGCCGGGUCAAGUUCAAGCCUGCCCUCCUAGCUCAAGACAUCAAGACCGUGGUCAAGGCUGCCGAGACAUCCAAGACCGGGGACAAACAGAACAAAGCCGUGAUUGACGGUAACAAUAAAGGGAAAAAAGAAGAAGAAGAUAUCAGGGAGGUUUGGUUUCCUGGCAAUCACGGUGACGUUGGCGGAGGAUGGCCUGCUAUACCAACAGGUUUGGAAGUCUGGCGGCUCUGGAAGUACAUUUUCAGCGGAACCAAGGUUGAUAACUUGGGCGAGCCGCUCAAGGAUGAGAACUUGCAGAUGAGCGACAUGGCCCUUGAAUGGAUGAUCCGCGAGAAAAGUAUGAAUGUGGCUGAAGCCGUCAAGGAACGCAUCACCAAUGGAUUCAUGCACAACACACUCAGGUUCGGCUACGGCUCAUCUUUUCUCAAGGUCUUUAUGUGGAACCUGAUUAAGACGCUCCCUGGUAUUCCUCGCUGGGAACUCAACGACUGA